UGUGGGGAAGAUGAGAGCCAGAGCAAAGGUCAGAGGAUCCAUCAGAGACUCAAACCAGAACCAGAACCCAGUUGUGUGUCCUUUAAGAGCGACUGGUCAAAGGAUGUGAUCAUUCACUUUAAAUCUCCUGGAUCUCCACCAUCAGAGAGCAGAAUCCAUCAGAGUUUCAAAGAAGAAGAAGAAUCAGAGACCAGCUGUGUGUUGUUUAAGAGCGACGGUUCCAUGGCUCAUCCCAUUCUAUUUAAAUCUCCUGAAGCUCCAUCUUCAGAGAGAGUGGACCAGCAAAGUUCAGAGGUUCCCAGUGGUCCAUCUGCCCUGCAGCAUCAAACACAGCUGGACUCCAUAUUUAUGAUGCUUGAGGACAAGAUUGUCACUUUUUUGAAGAAUGAGCUGAAGAAAAUCCAUAAAAUUCUGAGUACAGAUUACCCAGAAUGCUCAGAGAGUCAAAGAGAGGAUGAUGAGGUGUUGGAAGGUGAAGAUGAAGAGCAAAGGAGGAGCAGCAGAGAGGCAGUGAUGAAGAUCACACUGAACUUCCUGAGAAGGAUGAAGCAGGAAGAGCUGGCUGACCGUCUAAAGAGCAAACGUCUUGCUGCAGUUUGUCAACAUCAACUUAAAUCUGGUUUGAAGAAGAAGUUCCAGUCUGUGUUUGAGGGGAUUCCUAAAGCAGGAAGUCCAACCCUUCUGAACCAGAUGUACACAGAGCUCUACAUCACAGAGGGAGGUGCUGGAGGGGUCAAUGAUGAACAUGAGGUCAGACAGAUUGAAACAGCAUCCAGGAAACCAAACAGACCAGAAGCAAUAAUCAGACAAGAAGACAUCUUUAAAGUCCCACCUGGAAGAGAUAAACCAAUCAGAACAGUGAUGACAAAGGGAGUGGCUGGUAUUGGGAAAACAGUCUUAACACAGAAGUUCACUCUGGAUUGGGCUGAAAACAAAGCCCACCAGAACAUCCAGUUCAUAUUUCCAUUCACUUUCAGAGAGCUGAAUGUGCUGAAAGAGAAAAAGUUCAGCUUGGUUGAACUUGUUCAUCACUUCUUUACUGAAACCAAAGAAAUCUGCAGCUUUGAACACUUCCAGGUUUUGUUCAUUUUUGAUGGUUUGGAUGAGAGUCGACUUCCUCUGGACUUCCACAACAAGGAGAUCCUGACUGAUGCUACAGAGUCCACCUCAGUGGACGUACUGCUGACAAACCUCAUCAGGGGGAAACUGCUUCCCUCUGCUCUCCUCUGGAUAACCACACGACCUUCAGCAGCCAAUCAGAUCCCUCCUCAGUGUGUUCACAUAGUGACAGAGGUCAGAGGGUUCAAUGACCCACAGAAGGAGGAGUACUUCAGGAAGAGAUUCAGAGAUGAGGAUCAGGCCAGCAGGAUCAUCUCCCACAUAAAGACAUCACGAAGCCUCCAGAUCAUGUGCCACAUCCCAGUCUUCUGCUGGAUCACUGCUACAGUUCUGGAGGAUGUGUUGGAGACCAGAGAGGGAGGACAGCUGCCCAGCACCCUGACUGAGAUGUAUAUCCACUUCCUGGUGGUUCAGACCAAAGUGAUGAAGAUCAAGUAUGAUGGUGGAGCUGAAACAGAUCCACCCUGGAGUCCAGAGAGCAGGAAGAUGAUUGAGUCUCUUGGAAAACUGGCUUUUGAUCAGCUGCAGAAAGGAAACCUGAUCUUUUAUGAAUCAGACCUGAUAGAGUGUGGCAUCGAUAUCAGAGCAGCCUCAGUGUACUCAGGAGUGUUCACACAGAUCUUUAAAGAGGAGAGAGGGGUGUACCAGGACAAGGUGUUCUGCUUUGUCCAUCUCAGUGUUCAGGAGCUUUUGGCUGCUCUUCAUGUUCAUCUGACCUUUAUCAACUCUGGUUUUGAUGUGAUGAAAGAAAUGCAAAGAUCUAAGAAGUCUUCAUUACUUAAUAAAUCUGACCUAAAAUCUCUCCAUCAGAGAGCUGUUGACCAGGCCUUACAGAGUCCAAAUGGACACCUGGACUUGUUCCUCCGUUUCCUUCUUGGACUUUCACUGCAGACCAAUCAGAGACUCCUACAAGGUCUGCUGACACAGACAGGAAGUAGAUCACAGACCAGUCACAAAAUAGUUAAGUACAUCAAGAAGAAGAUCAGUGAAAAUGUGUCUGCAGAGAAAAUCAUCAAUCUGUUCCACUGUCUGAAUGAACUGAAUGAUCGUUCUCUAGUGGAGGAGAUCCAACAGUCUCUGAGUUCAGGAAGUCUCUCCACAGAUGAACUGUCUUCUGCUCAUUGGUCAGCUCUGGGUUUCAUUGUAGUGUCAUCAGGAAAAGAUCUGGAUGUGUUUGACCUGAAGAAAUACUCUGCUUCAGAGGAGGUUCUUCUGAGGCUGCUGUCUGUGGUUAAAGCCUCCAACAAAGCUCUACUGAGUGGCUGUAACCUCUCAGAGAGAAGCUGUGAAGCUCUGUCCUCAGUUCUCAGCUCCCAGUCCUCCAGUCUCAGAGAACUGGACCUGAGUAACAACAACCUGCAGGAUUCAGGAGUGAAGCUUCUCUCUGCUGGACUGAAGAGUCCAAACUGCAACCUGGAAACUCUCAGACUGAGUGUCUGUAACCUCUCAGAGGGAAGCUGUGAAGCUCUGUCCUCAGUUCUCAGCUCCCAGUCCUCCAGUCUCAGAGAACUGAACCUGAGUAACAACAACCUGCAGGAUUCAGGAGUGAAGCUUCUCUCUGCUGGACUGAAGAGUCCAAACUGCAACCUGGAAACUCUCAGACUGAGUGACUGUAACCUCUCAGAGAGAAGCUGUGAAGCUCUGUCCUCAGUUCUCAGCUCCCAGUCCUCCAGUCUCAGAGAACUGGACCUGAGUAACAACAACCUGCAGGAUUCAGGAGUGAAUCUUCUCUCUGCUGGACUGAAGAGUCCAAACUGCAACCUGGAAACUCUGAGACUGAGUGGCUGUAACCUCUCAGAGAGAAGCUAUGAAGCUCUGUCCUCAGUUCUCAGCUCCCAGUCUUCCAGUCUCAGAGAACUGGACCUGAGUAACAACAACCUGCAGGAUUCAGGAGUGAAGCUUCUCUCUGCUGGACUGAAGAGUCCAAACUGCAACCUGGAAACUCUCAGACUGAGUGUCUGUAACCUCUCAGAGAGAAGCUGUGAAGCUCUGUCCUCAGUUCUCAGCUCCCAGUCCUCCAGUCUCAGAGAACUGGACCUGAGUAACAACAACCUGCAGGAUUCAGGAGUGAAGCUUCUCUCUGCUGGACUGAAGAGUCCAAACUGUAACCUGGAAACUGUCAGACUGAGUGGCUGUAACCUCUCAGAGAGAAGCUGUAAAGCUCUGUCCUCAGUUCUCAGCUCCCAGUCCUCCAGUCUCAGAGAACUGGACCUGAGUAACAACAACCUGCAGGAUUCAGGAGUGAAGCUUCUCUCUGCUGGACUGAAGAGUCCAAACUGCAACCUGGAAACUCUCAGCUUAUCAGGCUGUUUGGUCUCAGAGGAAGGCUGUGCUUCUCUGGCCUCAGCUCUGACCUCCAACCCCUCCCAUCUGAAAGAGUUGGACCUGAGCUACAAUCAUCCAGGAGACUCAGGAGUGAAGCUGCUGUCGGCUGGACUGAAGGAUCCACACUGGAGACUGGAAGCUCUCAGACUGAGUGGCUGUAACCUCUCAGAGAGAAGCUGUGAAGCUCUGUCCUCAGUUCUCAGCUCCCAGUCUUCCAGUCUCAGAGAACUGGACCUGAGUAACAACAACCUGCAGGAUUCAGGAGUGAAGCUUCUCUCUGCUGGACUGAAGAGUCCAAACUGCAACCUGGAAACUCUCAGCUUAUCAGGCUGUUUGGUCUCAAAGAAAGGCUGUGCUUCUCUGGCCUCAGCUCUGACCUCCAACCCCUCCCAUCUGAAAGAGUUGGACCUGAGCUACAAUCAUCCAGGAGACUCAGGAGUGAAGCUACUGUUGGCUGGACUGAAGGAUCCACACUGGAGACUGGAAGCUCUCAGGGUGGAGCCUGCUGGAGUCCCAUUCUUGACACCAGGUCCAUGGAGACUGAAAAAGUAUUCCUGUCAACUCACCAUCGACACAAACACAGUGAGCAGAAAACUCAAACUGUCUGAAGACAACAGGAAGGUGACAUAUGUGAUGGAGCUUCAGUCAUAUCCUGAUCAUUCAGACAGAUUUGAUUAUUAUCUUCAGCUGCUGUGUAGAACUGGUCUGACUGGUCGCUGUUACUGGGAGGUUGAGUGGAGAGGAGAUGUUGAUAUAUCAGUGAGUUACAGAAGAAUCAGGAGGAAGGGAAACAGUAGAGACUGUGUGUUUGGAUAUAAUGAUCAUUCCUGGAGUCUGAUCUGCUCUGAUGAUGGUUACUCUGUCAGGUACAAUAACAGACAAACUCGUCUCUCCUCCUCCUCUGUCUCUCACAGAGUAGCAGUGUAUGUGGACUGUACUGCUGGCAUUCUGUCCUUCUACAGAAUUUCCUCUGACUCACUGAUCCUCCUCCACACCUUCAACACCACAUUCACUGAACCUCUGAUUCCUGGAUUUGGGUUCUUGUGGACCCGUUCUGGUUCCUCAGUGUUUCUGUGCUAAAUUGAGUCUAAAGAAUCUAAAGAUUUUCCUCCUGUCAGAGAAACUCUCUCACUGUUGAACAGAUAGUUCAGUUUCUACAAUCUAUUUCUUGGUGAAACAAUUCUGAUUGAGUCCUUGGAAACUUUUUCUUCUUAAAGUCCCUUAAAUAUGGAAGCUGGGAUUAUUCCAGGAUUAUUCCAGGAUUAUUCCAGGAUCUUCAUGUUUUUCUGUUUGUUUCCAGUCAAAGCUUCACACUGA